UUCUGGCCAGAAUAGCACUCCAUCCAGCCGGAUUGGAUCAAGGAUCAGAGUACGUAUCUGGUAGACAGUAGCCAGGCACCGAAGAUGAAUUAUCCUCCUUGUUUGUUGCUUCGUCAACCUUUGUUAGGAUUGUUGAUAUGCUCGUGUUGGUUAAUAAGUCACACGAGGGCGUUGUCGCUUCCAAGUGGCAGCAAUCCGUCAAUCGCUGGUUCGCAUAGAAUUUUUCGAGGGCUAUCUUCGGAAGCAACAGCGGAUACGACCCGCCGAUCCUGCUUUGCGUUGUUGGGACUGUUUGCACCAUCUUCUCUUCCAGCACACGCAGCAGAUGCUCGGAAUAAAUUGACUUUUCAAACUCUGGAUUCGGGUGUGCGGGUUGCCGAUAUCUUCAAGACAUCAAGAGGAGACAUCGAUUCUGUAGUGACGGCCAAUUCCAAGGUGAACAUUCAUGUAACAGGUCGACUGCUAGGCAAGCAGGGUUGGAUAUUUGAAGACUCUCAAGCCGCGGGAGAAGAUCCUUUUCGAUUGGAUUUGGGCACUGGUACUGUCAUUCGAGGACUGGAGGAAGGGCUGAUUGGGAUGAGACCAGGAGACAGGCGUCGCAUUGUGAUUCCCUCUGCGGUUGGCUACACAUCCAAGCAAUUAGAACCCAUUCCUCGAGAUUUUGGCAAUCGACAACGGCUCUACACCACAGUCAUGAACUCGGUCCGCAUUGAACGGGAACGAGCAGCAUUGGGCCAAGACCUUGCGGGGGUCGUUGUUUUGGAUGUAGAUUUACUGCGCUUGCGGAAUUGAGCAAGUCGACGACAUCUGCUAGCUACCGUGAUGUAGCUAGGAUGCCUGCGUUUAUCAAAGACGGGCCCAGCAAAAGUACUCCAGUGCACAAGAUCUCCGUGCUACUGCUAUCCAUGGCUGCAUCCAAGCUCCAAGGGUGCGCUCGUGCUCUCGUCACAUAUACGGACCGGUUCUGUACCGUUGGCUAGGCUUUGUUAAGUCAGCAUCCUCGUCAAUAGAGUACUGGUACUGAGUUGCACCGCGAGCUCCUCCCACUGCACCUGUCUCAUCACUUUACGGUCACUUGUAGUACUGUCCCGGUAGCUAUCGCUGCUGUCGUGCUGUUUUGCUGGACAACCAGCCACCCUUAGGUCGACUUAGUGGAACCCAGAACCUUUCCAGGCAACCUGUGCCUAUUUGAUACCCGCAUACGUUGGGCCAUCUAAUCUCAUGAUCAUCAAUGCAAAGUAACUCUCCCACAAAUUCUAGCUGGCCUAGCUAAAAGAACUCUCAUCAAUGUCAGAACG